AUGUCUACCACAUUUCACACCUCCACAAUGUUCGAAGUCGGCCUCGCGUACGGGUACAAAUUUCCAAACACCCUGCCUGGCAGCCAUGGCUCCACCCCCAUGGCGCACCCAUGCCACACGAUGCUGACACUGACACCACAGGACACCACCCAAUGCACCUGGAUCCACAUCGGCAACGGCCCAUUCCAGUACGAAGUGCUAAUCGAGCACGACAAGGACUCAUCCGACACCCUCGCCGAGAACAGCGUGCCAAUUGGCGGAAUCCACUCGACGCAACUACAAGCCCUCUACGAGCUUGCGCGCAGCAUCGAGCCCCAACGGUGCCAGCUGUACAUCGCCGCGCUGCUGGAGGGAAUGAUCGAGCGCGGGCUCGGGCACAUCGACGGCCUAAUCGCCUCGCACUUCCGGUCCAGCAUCGAGCGCAGCAUCGCGCAAACGAUGCAAGACGUCGGGGUGGACGCGACCACGAUCCGGGUGUGGGCGUUCGUCAAGUCGCGGCAAUAUCGCUUCCACCCACAGCAGGCCGAUAUGCUGCGGGACACGUGCUUCUACGACACCUGCAUGCCGGCGCCCACCGAGUUCCGGAUCCUGGAAGAGCGCAUGGAUGGGGACCAGUAUUUGCUUGAGAUUGCGCCGUUGCAGGAUGAUGAGCAGCGCUCGGCGCUUGACAGCGUGGGCUUUCACGCACCGGACCAUGAACGUCGGACGUGUGUUCGUGGUGGCGAUGCCGUUGCCGGGCCCUCGAGGCCCGUUACGAACCCUAGGUUGUUGCUUAGCAAUGAGUGGGAUGCGCGGCCUUUGGAGCAGCGGGCCACGGUGUUCAGGUACAUGAGGCAGUAA